UUGGUUUUAGUUCUCAGUUCGAUGCACAGCUGUCUGCUGCAAACAUGAACGAAGAGACUCCACUGCUGUCUGAAUCUCAGAUCAGUAACACCAGACUGUACCUGGCCGUGUUCUCAGCGGUCCUGGGCAACUUCAACUUUGGUUAUUCCCUGGUUUACUCGUCUCCCGUCCUGCCAAAGUUCAAAAGCCCUGAUGUGGACCCUCGGCUCAGGAUGGACACGGAGCAGGCCGCCUGGUUUGGAUCCAUCUACUCUUUGGGCGCAGCAGCCGGUGGGCUGGGGGCUAUGCUGCUCAAUGACCUGAUUGGUCGGAAGCUGAGCAUCAUGAUGUCAGCGGUGCCGUCGACCCUCGGGUACAUGCUGAUGGGAGGAGCUGUGGACCUGUGGAUGCUUCAUUUUGGCCGUUUCCUGACUGGAGUUGCCGGGGGGAUGACUGCAGCAUCCAUACCACACAGCAGUGCUGCCUCCUUGGCGGCUGAGCACGGAGCAGCUGCUGUCCCGCUCAAAGUUAAGGAAAAGGACAACGCUGCUCGUGUCGGCGCGUGGAAAUAA